UUCUCAGCACCAUUGCCGUUGCCUGCGCCUCUUUUCGACGCGUUUGUCUCUCUCGUUGCCUUUCCUUCUUCGCUUUCUAUAGCUCUCUUACCUUCUACCUUCCUCUCUCGCUUUCUCAGUGCUAUCUUUUACCAAGACUAAAACUUAUUAAAUCUCUUCUAUACCAAAUCGCGAUAGAUAGUUGUUGUUGUUUGAAGAUAGACACAGAUGGCUCUAAAACUCAACCAAAUAACCUUCCCUUUAACCCACAAGCUCCCUUGCCGCUCUUGUUCUCAGACGUCACCCAGCAGAAUCUUCAUGGCGGCCACAUUAGGUUCCACUCCCACCAAAAAGAUUGUGAACGUAAAACAGCCUAAUUCCCCUCCACAAGAGAUACAUGUUCAAGUGACUCAUUCCAUGCCUCCACAAAAGAUGGAGAUUUUCAAAGCAUUGGAGGAUUGGGCUGAGGAUAAUAUUUUGGUGCACCUAAAACCUGUUGAGAAAUGUUGGCAACCACAAGAUUUUCUUCCAGAGCCCGAAUCAGAAGGAUUUUAUGAGCAGGUCAAGGAAUUGAGGGAAAGGUCAAGGGAACUCCCUGAUGACUAUUUUGUUGUGCUGGUUGGAGAUAUGAUCACCGAAGAAGCCCUUCCAACCUACCAGACAAUGCUUAAUACCCUAGAUGGAGUUCGAGAUGAGACUGGUGCAAGCCUUACUUCUUGGGCAAUUUGGACAAGGGCAUGGACUGCUGAAGAGAACAGGCAUGGUGACCUUCUCAACAAGUAUCUCUACCUCUCUGGAAGAGUUGACAUGAAGCAAAUUGAGAAGACAAUUCAGUAUCUGAUUGGGUCAGGAAUGGAUCCCAAAACGGAAAACAACCCAUACCUUGGAUUCAUCUACACUUCUUUCCAAGAGAGGGCAACAUUCAUCUCCCAUGGGAACACAGCUAGACUAGCCAAGGAGCAUGGAGACUUGAAGCUGGCACAGAUAUGUGGCACCAUUGCUGCAGAUGAAAAACGCCAUGAAACAGCCUACACUAAGAUUGUAGAGAAGCUCUUUGAGAUCGACCCAGAUGGCACUGUCUUGGCUUUAGCCGACAUGAUGAGGAAAAAAAUCUCAAUGCCAGCCCACUUGAUGUAUGAUGGGCAGGAUAAUAAUCUUUUUGAACACUACUCUACUGUUGCUCAGCGGAUUGGUGUGUACACUGCCAAGGACUACGCUGAUAUUCUUGAAUUUCUGGUGGAAAGAUGGAAGGUCGAGAAGCUGACAGGUCUUUCUAGUGAUGGAGGUAGGGCACAGGAUUUUGUAUGCGGAUUGCCUGCAAGAAUUAGAAGGCUAGAGGAGAGAGCUCAGGGAAGGGUGAAGCAAGCUGCUACUGUGCCAUUCAGCUGGAUUUUCGGAAGAGAACUAAAGCUUUAAUUAAGCACAACAUGGGACUAAGUCCAUGGUAAUUGCCAAAAUGGUAUUCUAAUUUUAGUUCCAUUUUGAUGCGAGGCAAAGGUUGUAGAUACAUGGGAUCUUGUGCUGGUUGCAUUUGAUUUCACAGGAAGGACAACUUAGACCCAAAACAGGCGUAUGAGGUGUACCUUUUUUGUUUUUUACUUUGGUCAAUAGAAGAACGACAGUGUAAUUACUAUAUUUGCUCAAUAAAUUGUCCAUUGUGAUGUGA